AUGGGGAAAAGAAUACGUGAUGAGGAAGAGACAGAUUACAGGAUAAGAUCUGUGGACAUAAAGUCGUAUGCAGAACGGUUUCAUGGGGAAGGAUAUCAGGAAGGCUACGAAGAAGGCAGUAGCUUGGGUAUAAUUGAAGGAAGACGGUACGGCACGUUACACGGAGCCAAAAUUGGGUCCGAGGCCGCAUGGCGCUGGGGUCAGGGUAUCAGCCAGGCCUACAGCCACGUGAAGGCUCGACUGGGGCCGGGAGCCCCCCCCUUCCAGGAUGGCUCGCUCACACCGCUCAAAAAGAUGAAGGCCUUAGAAUCGUUGAUUGGAAUGAUUCAGAAGUUCCCUUACGAUGACCCUACCUAUGAUAAACUUCACGAAGACUUAGACAGAAUCAGAGGGAAAUUCAAACAGCUUUGUUCACUACUGAAUGUUCAGCCGGACUUUAAAAUUAGUGCGGAAGGUUCUGGACUUUCAUUUUGA